CAGAAAGAGCAAAAUGGCGGUUGUAGAACAAAAAAGACUAAACAUGUUUUUAUAAUUAUUUUUUCGCGUUUGGAUCCAAAAUUAAAGGAACAUAAAUGUUAAAGAAGUUGUAAUGCUUCGUGAUCAUUCAUGAGAAACAGACAAGGAUGAGAGAGUGAUGGGUACUCACGGUGGAAGUGCCGACUACAUUUUCGACAGCUUCCUCAAGGCUGGAACCUGUAAGUCCAUUCUCAGCUCGUUCCAUCAGCUCUGUGAGGUCCUAGAACUAAAACACACCAACCAUCGACUGUUCUACCGUCGCCUGAGUAGCCAGCUGACGUCAUGGAAGGCCCAGACCGUGUGGGUGAAGUUGAACAAGAGAAUGGCGCAGAAAGAGUACAAGAAAGGAGAGGCCUGUGCCAACACCAGGGUCCUGGUGAUUGGGUCCGGUCCUUGCGGCCUGAGGACCGCUAUAGAGGCCGCUUUCCUUGGUUGUAAGGUGGUUCUGGUGGAGAAGAGAGACAGUUUCUCACGGAACAAUGUCCUACAUCUCUGGCCCUACCUCAUCACGGACCUAAAAAACCUGGGGGCCAAAAAGUUUUUUGGAAAAUUUUGUGCUGGUGCUAUUGACCAUAUAAGCAUUCGACAGUUACAGUGUAUACUGAUGAAGGUGGCGCUACUGGUCGGAGUGGAAAUUCACGUCAACGUUAGUUUCGAUGGAUUGAUUGAACCCUCGGAUGAGAAGCCUGGUGUAGGCUGGCGGUGUGCCUGUACUCCGAGUGACCAUGUAGUGUCAGAGUAUGAAUUUGAUGUGUUGAUUGGUGCUGAUGGAAAACGAAACACCCUACAGGGUUUUAGAAGGAAGGAGUUCCGUGGGAAAUUAGCCAUAGCAAUAACGGCCAACUUUAUCAACCGCAACACGACAGAGGAGGCCAAAGUGGAGGAAAUUAGCGGCGUGGCUUUCAUCUUCAACCAGAAGUUCUUCAAGGACCUGAACGAGAAAACAGGGAUCAAUCUGGAGAAUAUUGUGUAUUACAAAGACGACACGCACUACUUUGUGAUGACGGCUAAAAAGAACAGUUUACUGGACAAAGGUGUGUUACGCGAGGAUAGGACAGAUACAGCUCUCUUGUUGUCGCCGGAUAAUAUUGACAGGGACGCAUUACUGGAUUACGCAAAAGAGGCGGCAAAUUUCUCCACAAACUUUGCUUUGCCGAACUUAGAGUACGCGAUUAAUCAUUACGGGCAACCUGAUGUAGCCAUGUUUGAUUUUACCUCCAUGUUUGCGGCUAUGAAUGCAUCUAGAGUUGUGGAUAGAAAUGGCCACAAGCUUUUAAUUGGACUCGUUGGGGACAGUUUGUUAGAGCCAUUUUGGCCCACAGGCUCGGGCUGUGCUCGCGGAUUUCUGGGCGGAUUUGAUGCUGCCUGGAUGAUCCGUAGCUGGGCCUCGGGGAAAAUGACACCACUCCAGGUCAUAGCCGAGAGAGAGAGCAUAUACCAGCUUCUGUCACAGACUACGCCUGAAAACCUCAGCAAGAAUCACAGUGAAUACACAAUCGACCCAAACACAAGGUACCCCAACCUCAAUACAAAGUUACUCCGUGUUGAACAAGUGAGACAUCUGUACGACUGUGGUGAUCGAUCAUAUGAAGAUGAAAUCCUCGAUCUUCCAGCCAAACGUCCAAGAAGUGAGGAGCUGAUAGACAGCUAUACAUUAUUACACUGGUGCCAGCGAGUCCUAAAUAACAAGUUCCGUAACGUGCACAUAAUUGAUCUGACUACGUCUUGGAGAAGUGGACUUGCUCUGUGUGCCUUAAUACACACCUUUAAACCGAGUCUGAUAGAGUUUAACUCCUUGUCCUCGCUUGACGUGGCUAAGAAUAACCAGCUGGCGUUGGACGUGGCCCACACAGAGCUGGGAAUCAGUCCAGUCAUGACCGGUCAGGAAAUGUCCACCUGCGCGUGUCCAGAUAAACUGACCAUGGUCAGCUACCUCUCCGAGUUCUAUCACAAGUUCCACAAAGAAAGGAACCCAAGUGUUGAGUCCCCUGUUCGAAGAGAAAGCCAUAAAUCUCCCCUUCACAGAACUCUUCUACAGAAAAUCCGCAGUAGUGCCAAAUUUACCAGAUCUAAGAGAAAUUCUAAACGAGAGGAGGAAAAAAAUGAACACAACACGUCAUUGAGUCGCAAAAAGUUCAGGGAGGAAAUCAAACAGCACAAUGGUGAUGUUCAGCUCACCCGAUACAGUAAAUUACCAAUGGAGGAGAUUGCCAACAAACUUACUGUGGACAAAAAGGACGAUAUUAAUGUCAAACUGUACAAUGACCUUCAGUCUAAUGUCAAGGUCAGCCAGAUGGCAGAGAUCCUGGUGUCAAAGUUCAAACAAGGCUUGGAGCCACCAGUUAAACAAAAAGUGAAAACAACAGGUGUUCUUUUGGCUGCCCAGCCAGAGAGUGAGAUCUGCUAUUUCUGUAAGAAACGUGUGUACAUCAUGGAGAGAAUGUGUGCUGAGGGCAUCUUCUUCCACCGGGGCUGUCUCAAGUGUGAUUUCUGUGAAUGUGGACUGAGGGUUAACAACUACAGCUGUGACAGGCUGGCAGGGGGUGAAGUGAAGUUCUACUGUUUCCGCCAUUCUAAGCCUGAGAUGAGAUUAGGUCGGGCCAAGAGAAAGCGAGCGUUUGAGGAGGACACAUCAAAAGAGAACAUACCAAAAAUUGUGGAGGAUAUUGUUAAGACACCCAAAAAGGAAACAAUUGGUGACUCCCCUAAAAAAAUACCAGUCAUUAAAAAAGGAAGGAAAGAAACAAAAACCCCUCUCACCCCUCCUUUCGCCCCUGACACAGAUUACAUCAAAGCUAAGAAAACUCCGGAGAGAAUCGAGUUUGAGAACAGCAUCGAUGGACUUCCUGAGGAAUCGGAGGAAGAAUUAACGGAACACAAUCUACGAGCCUCGAUGUCACGUGACGCCAUGUUGGAAGAAUUCAGUGACGAGGACCUCUCCGACUCUGACCUUGAUGAUCUGGAGUUAGCAGCUAUCCUACAGGGGUGGUCGAGUGAUGAUGAUGAGUUACAGGAGGCAGUGGAAUCGACGUACGGACAUAACGUCAGCAAGGACCUGACACUGGAGGAAGCCCUGGCUGUUGUGGAAACACUCAAACGGAAAUCUUAUGAGAAUUUAAUGGAGGCCGUGGAACAAAAGAUAUAA